AUGAGUCGCUAUACGCCGCCUCCGUCAGCUGGUUAUGCGCCUCCGCUACAACCAGAGACGACAGCACGCUGCUUGACCUUCCCGCAGCAUCCUCGUACUCCCGAACAUGUUGGACGGUUUCGCAAGUCGUACUUCUCAGAGCCAGGCACUCGCGUUAUUCACCGCGGACUGGUGAAAGACUCUCAACAAAUUAAACCCAUGACUAAGUUCGGAAUUAUUACCACAGGUAGUGAUCACGUUCCAGAAACGCUCGUAAACGAAUCCACAACAGAAUACCAGCGGAUCGUUCUUACCAAGCUUGAAGCGAAUUACGCAAGUCAUAAGAGAGAGCCCCUGGGUAAGUCUUACUCCCGAGGCCACAACCUGCCGGCACAUUUUCGAGAGCCCGACUUUGCCUUUGGUAUGAGUGGAACAAUCUGUGAGUCAGCUAAAGAGCUACUUUACCCUUCCACAGCUGCUACGCUUCUAAAUAAUCAGAAGGAAGAAGCGCUUUAUAAGCGGUCACAUGGAUCGGUUGCCCCUGGGGAGCAAAAGAAUCGCAACUAUCAAUGGGAGAAAGCGAAAAUUGACCCGGCCAAUCAUCGAUUCGGUGUUAAGUCCAUUGACAGUUGUGCAGAAGAAAUGGCCUUUGUUCUCAAUUCUGAUAUGAACAAAAGUAAUGUAUCCCCUGCAGUUGUGCCGGCGCACCUCGAGGACCGACGGAUGUUGUAUGAUCACUUAGGAAAGCCUCGACACUUGGGAGUCGCCAAUACUGACAAAUUGUCUAACAAUCACGCAUUUGGAAUUAACACACAGAAAAGCGACUCUGCCUGGCAGUGCAUUCAAGGUGAAUAUUCACUAAAAGAGCAGCAAUCCGAUUCCGAUUUAGGCCGCGCCGUGAAUUAUGGCUGGAAAAAUGCUACUGCCGAUACUCGAUUGUUCGGCAUUCCAACGAUUCGCAGCGAUAUUUCAGCCCCAGUGCGUCGAUCGAUUGCGGAUGGACAGAAUUAUGGGGAUGAUGUUAGUGCUCAAGCAUUGUUGUAUCCUCAAGAAUUUGCAUCUCGAGGCGUGAUAAAUGCUGAUUUUGCUGCUCCACGAAAUGAAAAGUAUCUCCGAAAACUUUUUGAAAAAAUUGGCCACAAAUUGCCAGACGAAACUUUCGAGCUUAUUUUGAAACAAGCUUUUCAGAAUACACAGUUCACAUCCUUAGGACAAGCUAGUGUCGCGGACUUUCGUGAUGCCCUAAAUGACUUUCUUGAAGCAAAAGAACGAGGUCCAGCUGCACUACAGCAAUGGCAGAGUCACAUUCAGUCCUUCCUCCUACACAACUUCUGGUGGUAG